AUGGGCCGGUUUUUUCGUAGCGCACAGAUCUACAAAGAAUGGAUUUUUGUAACUUCACUUUUGUCCUCCUUUUCAGCUGCUUCGAUUUGUCUUGUCUGCCUGACAACCCUUUUAUUUCGCCUCCUGAGUCAAGUCGGGCCUCCGCAACCCGGCACGGGGAUAAAGUCAAACCGAACCGAUAUCCCACCCGAAGAGGUCCUAUUCAUCCUUCUGACCGGCUCAAGUUAG